UCAGACGACAAGGCAAGUCGAGACCUGUGAAGCCUGCUUGAAGCGACAAUUGCUCGCACAAAACAGUUUCUCCAAAACUGGCCGCUCCUGAUUCAAAAGCGAGCGAACCUGCUGAAUACCCAGUAAGACUGAACAGAUCGACGGCAUGCGGUAGUUAGCGGUGUGCAUGGCAAGUUUUGCUGGCCACGGCCUCGGCCAAAGUGCGCGCUUGGCUGAUGGCGGGGGUUUCUUAAAGCAAUCGUGCAAGCACGCCUGCAGCCUGGCGCCAGCAGUCCCUCGACGGUCUGCUCCAGCAAAGACGGCGUUUGCGCUGACCGUGCUCACGCCAAGCGAGGAAACAGCGGCGCAAUCACAAAAGCCGCAUCCUCAGGUCGGCUCUUCCUGGCGGUUCCGCGGACUCCCGCUUCCGCAAAUGCAGCGGCGCGAGGCGGGCACGGUUCUGGAGCGGGGUUCCGCGCAGCACCCACAGCAGCAACCCAGCAGCAACCGCGCCCUGCCGGAAUCGCCUGCCGCUGUAGCUCAGCCUUCCGGCGCUGCCAUGCAGGGUGAAGAUGGCACACGCCCGCCUGGUGACGCUGCCCUGGCUGCAACCGGCACGUCGCGGUCCCACGGCGCUGCCUCUGCCCUCGGGCUGAUGGCAGUAGCACUCGUAUUCAUGCCGCUGCUGCAGCUGCUGGGCCACGCCGAGGUGGCCACAUACGGCUUGGUUGCGGGCAUCGCCCGGCUCACCGGCUUUGGGGCGGCAGUAGCUGCCGCCGCUCGCUGGCGCAGCAGCAGCACGGCAGGCAGUAGCACUAACAGCGUCGGCAUUAGCAGUAGCAGCGGAAGUAGCAGCACACAUGGCAGGGGGGACAACGCUCGCGGCGGCCGGUGGGUGGGCGCGGCGGGAGCGCUGGGCUACGUCCUGCCGCUGCCGCACCAGUUGGUGCUGCAGCCGGCGGCGGCGGGCGCAGUGCUGCUGCCGCUGGCGCUGUCGCUCAGCGCCGCGGUGUGGAGUGCGGUCAGCGGGGCGCCAAGCGGCAAGUGGCUCAAGGCCUCUCUGCUGUAUGCGGUGGGCCUGCUGCUGCCGAGUCCAGGUGUGGGGCGGCGGGUGCAGCUCCCAGUCUUGGGCGUUCAGGCCCUGCGGGCGGGGCUGCUGUGCGGUGCAGGGUGGCUGGUGGCGGCGGUGGAGUUGAAUGCGGCUGCGGCCGGGGUGGCGGUUGCGGGCAGUGGCGCGGCGCAGCCGGCUGUGGCGGCGGUUGCCCGGCUGUGGCUGUGGCUGGCUGGCGGCGUGUGGGCGCUGCAGGCUCUGGGGUGCCUCGAGGCCAGCAGGGUGAUGCACUGAGUGCUGAGUGCUGAGUGCAGGCGAGGUUACAGCAGUUUGUCUGUACCUGUUGAGAGCGUUGGGUUGUGCAUGCAAGGUUGCAAGAUGCAGAGCAGCGUUGAUGCGCUUGGGCCCGCCCUCCAGCAUGAUAAGGAACGCCUGGCAGUCUCCCACAGGUGUGGGAAGGAGGCUGACUGCGGGAUAAAGCCGGGUGCGUUCAUGCUUUGUGCUCCUAGGACGCGUUGCUAGCAGCUGCUUCUGCUGCAUGUGUACAUGUAUGUAUCGCAUGUUGUAGCCCUGAAGGUAAACGGUGCGAAGCUGUCAUCUGCUAACAUUCACUAGCGUGCGGGGAAAGUGACAAAGCAGUGUCCCUUGUGACACAGUGCGCGUCAGCAGCCACCGGCACACACGCUGUGAUUUCAAUAUUGGGUAGGCUUUAGCCGGACAAGCGCACCGAACGUCAAAACGCGCAUCCUGUGCGUCAGGGCUCUUCUCGUUCUCUU